ACCGCCAACAGCUGCUGCUGGACAAAGUCUUCCUGUCUUCAGCAAUGUAGACAUGUCAAAAAUAAAACGCGUUGGAAACUUUUCUUAUUUCCUUGGAUGUUUCCAAGAGCUCAUCCAUCUGUUGGCAUCCUGAACGUAUAAGAAGUCGUGUCCUCAUUUGACCAAAAAUAACUUUCUCACCGUUCCGUUAUGAAGCGCGCACUCUGAGGACAGCACACUGCACGUUAUCAGCUUAUCUGACAACAGGUGGAUUUUUGCUAUUUUCUGACGGUAUCUGAAGCUUAGACAUGCCAGCCCCACCUCCUCCCCCUCCACCUCCUCCCAUUCCUCCUCCACCACCUCCACCCAGCGCUGGUCUGCCACAGUGCCCUUCAGAGCCUCCUAAGUUCCAGUCUGGUGGAGGAGGAGGUGGAAGGAAUGCCCUGUUGGCCGACAUCCAAAAAGGAGCCAAGCUCAAAAAAGUCACACAGGUCAACGACCGCAGUGCUCCUGUGGUCGAUAAGCCCAAGGCUAACCCUGCAGAUAUAACAGGAAAUGGCAGUGGUUCUCAAGGCUCAUCAGGUGGGACAGCACCCAUGGGACCCUGUUUAAGUGGGCUAUUUGCUGGAGGGUUUCCCACUCUCAGGCCUAUAGGACAGAGAGACUUAGCAGGCAAGACCCCAGUGUCUCGAUCAAGCUCAUCAGCCUCCCUGAAGCCACUCUGGAACCCCCCUGCAUCAGCAGACUCAGGCAUCAUUCCUGAGCCUUCCAGGGCGGCAGACCUCCAGAGCUCCUUCCAACGUCUGCUCACCUCCUCCUCCUCCUGUUCCGCUCCUCCCUCUCCCUCUCACAGCACCAAGUACCCACCUCCUUUUCCUGCUUCCUCUCCCUCCACACCUCCACCUGCCCCUCCCUCUGCUCCACCCCCACCUCCCCCACCUCAAGCGUUCCUGGACCGGCCAGCCAACAAGCCUCCCCCUCUCCCCACCUGCCCUCCCCCUCCCCCUCCAUCCCAGGUUACCAAGCCAACAUGGCUCCCCAUCCAGCACUCUUACCACACAUCAGUGUCCCAGCCCUCCACUCCACCUCCUCCACCUCCACCUUACCAGUCUCCAUCAUUGGUGCAGGGAGACCGUUCCUCAGGUUGUUUCUUCUCUCCAACUCCCACUACAGUCUACUCUGAACCUUCUCGGUUCCCCAUUUUGCGUGACAGCCCUCUUGGACUUCCUCCCCCUCCUCCUCCACCUCUACCUACUUCCUACACCCCUAGCUGUCAGUCCACCCUCACUCCACCAGCACCUAAAGUAUCUUCAGUGCCCCCAUCCACAGUGCGCUCACUGCCUCCCUCUUACCCUAUCAAUGCUCCCACUCGACGGCCACCAGCUGUGCCUAAAAGUGCAGGUGUGGGUCGGCUGGCUCCUCCACCAGCUCCUCCAGCACGUUCCCCAACCACAGAGUUGUCCACCCGCAUUCCUCCCCCACCACCACCACCUCCUCUGCCGCCAUUCAGCCUCAGGAAUGGACACCUGCACAGCUUGGCAGAUGAUUUUGAAUCCAAGUUUCAGUUCCACCCUGUAGAAGACCUACCACCACCCGAUGAAUUCAAGCCUUUCCCUCGCAUCUACCCCAGCAAAGAAAAUAGAGUGAACCCCAAACCACCUGGGAUCAGGACGCACCUCAGAUGAGUCAUGGACUCUCCCUCUUCUUCAUCCCUAAAAAGAAUAUCUUAAAUAUUUCUCCUCUAUCUCAUGACAGCUUAUCAUAAUAACAUAGCCACCAUAGAGACUUCAUGCGCCUGUGUUGUUUGUGUUCAGUGUAUUUGUGUGUGCACUGUAUGUGUGUAUGUAAGUGUCAAACAGGGUCCGGCCUUAUUCUGACUGUGUGACCUCUGACCUUUUCCAGUGUGGAAUGUUUUGAAUGUGUGUACGGAGGAGGACUGCAUUUCUACUCAUAAGCUACAUGCAGACUCUGCACAAGUACACAUCACUCCAGAGCCACUGUCUUCUAUUCCAUUUAUCAGAUCGUAACACUUUAUUAAUUACAUACUGUAUAGAAAACUAAUUCAAGACUUAUUAAAUUUAAAAGUUAGCAUCAACAGACUAUAAACACACAACAUAGGUAUUUGGCUCUUUAAAUACAAAAUGUGCCUUUGUUAAGUGUCAUACAACAUGCUACCUUUUUAAAUUAACACUUAAAUGCUAAAGAAAGCAGGAAUCUAAUUUACUUUUUAAAAUAUUCCACCCUGAGAUUAAUAGUGGGAGACCAUGUUGACUGGAGUGCAACAUGCUGAUCUAGAUUCAUUUUUAAAUUCGGGGCAUAAACAGGAUUAUAUGUGAAUUUUUGCAUUGCUGGGUAAACAUGGGGUAAUAAUCUUUUAACAUACAGUGGUGCUACCCUCCAUUAAUGUGAUAUUUUCUUUUUCAAAACAUCUGAUGGGACAGUUACUGGAGAACAGUUUUUGUGUGUGUGUGUGUUUUUUUUUUUUUUUGUUUGUUUUAUUUAUUUAUUUUUUUUAACAAAAAACUGAAUAUGGUCUUGAUUUCUUACCCUUUAGUGCUAAUCAAUACUAACACUUGAGAAGAUGCUGCCACCUGCUGGUUCAUUGUGUAAAUUACUUCAACGUGAGAUGAAUAAAUUUUUGAUUAAAAAAAAAGUUUAUAGACACUUUA